AUGAAACUGAGAGACAAAACAACAAAAGACACGCAAGGGGACACUGAUUGUCAGGAGGAUGAGUCGUACGGUGAUGAGGAUGAAUUGUAUCCUUGCUCAUGGGUGCCAGAAAUCAUCACUAGGGGUCCCUUCCUGCAGAGGGAAGGGGGCUUCAGUGAGCCUCAACCAGCUUUUAGGGUAUUAAACCCAGACACCCCUUCUUUUGUGCCCCAAAGCCCAACACACUUACCUGAGAGACCUACCCACGAGCUUCAACCAGAAACUCCUCUUGUCAGCUCUGAGAGAAGUGUUUCAGUUACACCUCCUACUUCACACUGUAGAGCCCCAGACCACGUUGUUAUUGACAUUCCAGAACCCAACAUGACACUCAUCUCACCUGUGAGGGAGACCACAGAUCUCAUCCCCACAGAUCCUGUAGGUGCAGACACUGACAACGUAGCGUCUGAGAGUCUAGAGUCUGAGAACACAAGUGUCAGGCGUUCUGUUAGGGAGAGACGUCCGCCCCGGAAGCUCACUUAUGAUGAGUUGGGGGAGCCUUUGACCUUGGCCAUCAGUUCGUUCUUUGAGGCUUUAGGAGCUGCCAUUUCACACAUAUCUGUACCUGUAGGGGCAGGUGUGCAUGCAGGGACUCAUGCAGUCUAGAGGGGGAGAGUGUAACCCUGGUUAGUUUUAUAGUGCUGAGAUAUCUAAAACCCUUUGAAUGCAUCAUAGUUCUUCUGUGUUGUAGUUGUUUCUCGCCUAGUUGUAAAAUUUCCAAGUUUACCUGAACACAUCACCUGCAGCUCCGGUGUGUGUGAGAACGUGGGUGACGAGAAAAAAAAACGGAAAAAAAGGGAGAGAAGUCAUGCAGCCGCGGAGCAAAAGUGUCCUCGUUCAGCGGCCAGAUAUCAUGAUUUUGAGUUGUGAGAGAGUUGUGACAGAACUGUAGUUAGCAGAGAGCGUGAAGAGAUACUCACCUGGUGAAACCGAUCACGGGAGGGACUCAAACCGAGAGUUUCUCCGUACUUUUCUGAACUAUUCUGGUGAGUUAACGUUAGCUGCCUUGUUAGCUUGAUUAGUGGUAUCAAUUUUGUUCGGUACAGGAAGAAAAAAGCCAGUCAGAAUAGUAAAUACAUGUUUAGUGGUGUCGAGACAUGUUUUUGUGAUGACAUGAUGAUAUGUUUUUAUUGUGUGUUACUGUGACAAACAGCUAGUAGUUUACCGAGCAGUUAGCUCAGCUGCGGCUUGCUAACUAGGCCAAGCACGGCCGAGUAUUUCAUAUUUUCUGUGUUUUGAGUUGUUUCAUAUUUCAUGUAAUAAGCUGCAUUGGUUAAUGUGCACUGGAAAAGUAAGCAGACAGCCAUUUAAGCUGAUAAUAAUUACGCUGCAUAUUAUGCAGGCUGGUUUUUUUUUUGAGGACGAGUUCUUCUGUUCAACUGUGAUCCGCAUCGUCCGCUGUUGCCCCGUGGAGGCUCUUGGUUCAACAACAAGCCGUAUCACCCGCCAUGCUGCAGGGAGGCUCUUGGUUCAUCGGGACCAGUGUGGACAUCGGUGUGGUAUGGAAAGGUUCUGA